CUCCUCGACGGCUCCGUCAUCGAGGGAAAUCGGCCAAGAUUGCGAGCGAGGACGACGAUUGCGAGAACGAUUUCGCGGCCGGCAGUGCCCGAUGAUGGCGAAAGACCGAUGAUUUCGUAGCGGAGUGUUAAAACGCACUGUUCACCGCGAGUGCACUUCCUUUUUCGAACGACUGAUCUGACUGCGACGCUGUGAAGUUGACCGUAAAAAAUGCAUCUUGCCAAUCUAUAAUUUUUCCGUUUGAAUGCUGACUCACGAUUGGCUAGAGAAAAAUAUUCCAUAUUUGAAAAAAGGAAACUUGCUGAAUUCUCAAAAUAGAUCCGUUGUAAGAUAUGAGAAUGAAAACAUAAUGUUGGCCGAUAAUUGGAACCCAAAGCGAUAGCGCGCGUUGUUCUAAAAUUGAAAAAUACGAUUAUUUUUGCACAUCGAGUACGUCGAAAAACGAAUCAUGUUCUUGAAAUAUCGAACAACUGACAAAGAUAAUUAUAUAGAUUUGAAACGUUAGAGGGCAAUUAAACGGUAAAAACGAUACUACCUUUAAUUAAUUUACUCGCGAAAUGUUAUUAAUUGGUGAUUCGGAAUAAAAAAGAAUAAAUUUCAUUGAAAACUGGACCCAAGUCCCCCUCCCUAAGACGGCGUGAAGUAAGUAAACAACAAGUAGUAAUCGGCAACUUCAGUUGGACGCGCGGAAUUCUGACGAGUGUUUCAUCGUAACAAUUGCGUUUCCUUCUGAAAAGUCGCGCAGACAAGUACAAUAGAUCCACAAGACAUCGACGAACGGCAAAAAUGGGAGUGAAGAAUUUCAUCAUGAAGAAGAUUCCCUUCUGGAAGAUGAAGGCGAAACGGAAAUAUCAUGGCACAAAUGGGACGGCACCGGUGCAAAAUGCGGCUCAGACAGACCAGCCGGCAGAUUCUGACAACGCCAGCGUUGGAAGUGGCAAUUCGAAUCUUAGUACCGGCGCACUUCAGAAUAUCAGAGAACAAAUGGCGGCAUCUCUGGAACGAAUGAAAGAGCUAGAGGAACAGGUCAAGGCGAUUCCCAUGCUGCAGGUGCAAGUCUCGGUAUUGAAAGAGGAGAAGCGCAAUCUCCUACGGCAAGUGGACGAGCUGAGUAAAACGAAUUCCUACAAUGACACCCUACACAGGCAUCGCAGUCAGUCGUUUUCGGAACAACACAGCACCCUACGAAACUUGAAGAACUCUGAAAGCGUAUCUACCAGGGACAUGGGAACCAUGUGUGGCGUGAUGACAAGGGAUGUCGGGGUGUCGUACCAACCGGUUCGAACGAGAGACGUCGGUAUGAUAACAAGCACACCGAUCAAACCAUCGCUACAGAAAAGUCAUUUACGAAUCGAAGAGAUUGCGCCCGAGAUCCAGGACCAGAGUACCGUAUUGGCCGACGAAACAUCGUCAAACUUCUCGAACCUUUGCGAUUCCCAGCAUCGUAGCUGGAAAUCGAGUUUGACCCGCAGUCAACUGAUGCUGGAAGAGAUCCUGCCGGAAGUACGAAAACAGCAAUUAACGAGAACUUUGCUUCAAGUGGAAUCUAUACCGCCUAACGAAAACAAUGUGAUUAAUCGCAAAACCAUAAAGAAAACGCGAGACUUCGGUAUCAAUACAGAAAACAAGUCCAGGAGUCUUCAAUACAGUCACUUCCUAAUUGAGGAUAUUGCACCGGAAGCAAAGAAGGAAGUAAAAAAGCGUUCUUUCGGCACAACAACAAGAUUAAAUAUGAAGGAUCUUCUAACGAAGGAAGAUGCUGAAUUGCUUGUGGAACAUGCUUUAAGGAAUUACAAGAACAGUUUGGUAAAAGACACUUCCUCCAGGAGCGUUCAAUGCAGUCCAGAAACGCCUAAAGUCGCUGAAAAGCGGGAUCGGGCGGUUCAAGUGACGGAGCAGUUUAGAAUGCGCUCGCACGUGAGCGUAACUGCUAAGCCGAUGACGUCGGAGGUCGGGAUCGAAGUCAAACUCGGUUCUUGCAUUAGAAGCAUAGGCGUUGGACCAGAUCCAGUGCAGCCGCCUGUGUCGUUGAACUGGAUAAAUUUGAGAAGUCAUUCGUUCAACUAUGGUGACACGCGAAUGAAGACAAAAGCUAGCAAAUCGGUAGCGGUGAUGGUGGAGGACUUGGUAAAAACCAUCACUCGCGGCACCGAUACUUCCGGUCUCGCGCCAAAGUGUCGAGAUUUUGGUACCUCGACGAUGAAGAAGACGUUGAUCGAUGUGUCGGUCGGUGAUUCUGUGAGGCCACACAUCUCGAUCUCUUGCGCGGCGAAUUAUUGCGACAAUUGCAAGGAGACAAUCAAAAGUUUGGCGAAGCAAAUCGCAAAUAAUGCAGAGAACAGCUUGAAUCAUCAGAAUAGCAAUAUGGUAUCCAGGAUUCCGAGGCCAUCCCAUAUUCCUCUGAAUACCAGCGAUUAUAGAAGACAGUUCAAACGUCAGGACACUUACACGAAAAUACCAGCCGCCGGUGUGAUUAGAUACGACACGGACAAUAAAGAGCAGUAUGACAGUAGUAAUCGCAUUCAACAAUUGCAAUCCGAGAAAAUCAAGGAUGAGAAGAUUGUGUCAGAAGAGAUGCGUAACGUGGAGAAGGAGACAGAUAAUGAGGAGAAGUCGGAGCUACCAGAAUCAGCUUUGUUUCAACCAAUCCAAGAUAAGCCUAGGAAAAAGGUUGAGCCCUCGAAGGAGAUGCAGGCCGCCAUGAAGGUGCUCAAUGACAGUAUCAAGAAAUCACCUAGCAGAAAUAUCUCUCAUCAGCUUAAAAAUGCUACCAAUAUUAUACAGCAAGAAUGGUUCAAAAUAUCCAGCACAUCUAGCGCGAAUCCGUUAGAUGUCGAGGAUUAUUUGGACCGUUUUGAGGAAUGCUCGAGCACUCUGCUCGAGUAUAUUGUCAAUAUGACGGACACCAGUGGAAAUACAGCGAUGCACUAUGCGGUCUCUCAUGGCAAUUUCGACGUGGUGUCUAUAUUGUUAGAUUCGAAAGUAUGCGAUAUUAAUAAGGCGAACGUGGCUGGUUACACGGCUGUGAUGUUAGCUGCUCUGGCAGAAGUCAGAAAUUCCACGCACGCCUCGGUAGCGAAUAGAUUGUUCCAGCUUGCUGACGUCAACAUCCGAGCAAAAUUGCAUGGGCAAACUGCGCUGAUGUUGGCAGUAUCGCACGGACGUAAGGAUAUGACGCAACUGCUGCUAGAUGCUGGAGCAGCAGUUAAUAUUCAGGAUGAAGACGGUAGCACCGCAUUAAUGUGCGCAGCGGAACACGGCCACACCGAGAUCGUGAGGUUGCUCCUUGCACAUCCGGACUGCGACCCAUCUAUCGUCGACGUAGACGGCAGUUCGGCCCUGAAGAUCGCCCUGGAGGCGGGUAACCGGGAUAUUGGAGUGUUACUUUAUGCUCAUGAGCACGUUAAUCGAGGCAUCAGCCCAUAUUCUACUCUGAGACGAAGCAGAAGAGGUUCCAAGCCGACAACGCCCACUGGACCGUCUCCUUCGGCUCCAGCUAGCCCGGCGCCAUCGCGACGCAUUCACUCGUCCAGCGUUUCUCUGAACACAUCGAAAUAUUCCAAAUAAUUCCGAUAGCCGAUCCUUUAUAUACAACUUUCUUAAGAUUCAUCCAUCAUGAUUUUUCUUUUCACACAUUAUUUAAAACGUAUAGUAAUUGGCAAGCGAGAGUCACAGUAUAACUGGAACUUUAUAUUUAAGUAUAACUUUUCUUUUAUGUAAUCUGUUUUAUAUUCUCCUAUAAGUUAUGGUUAUAUUUAUAAUGUAUAUUGUUAUAUACAUCAUGCUGCGAACAUACGACGCGAUACAUUGAAGUCCUCUUGCCUAACGAUCGAUUUCUUUCGAUAAAACUGUAUUGUAUAAUUUAGGAAGUCAAGAACAAUGCUCAACACUGUAUAUAUCUAUUCAGGGUAACGUUGGAAAAAUCUUGUAGUUUAGUUUGUAGCAGUAAUCUUUAAUAAUAGUCCAGUGUAGGUGCUGCCAGGCAUUUUGACGAAUCUUUCAUAAAUCCUUCGUAAAUUUUAUACGAUUUUAAUUGUAUAGCACAUCCUUGAGGAAUACAAUUUUUCUCUUAGACAGGAUGUGGAAGUACAAAAUAAUUAAUAUCCAUGACGAUACAAUCCACAGCAAAGAAAAUUGGUUAACCUUUUUGUGUUUUUCUUUUUGGACUCUGUGGCAUUGAACAUUCCAAAAAGAACAAUCGUCGAUCCGAAUUUCUUACGGUAGAAAUUUAUACAAUAUUUAAUACAUCCAAAGUUCAGGCCUAAUCUCAAAUUACUCCUUGGGAUCAAAUCGUCAAUAUCGUGUGCAUAUAUAUACAUAUUAUUUAUAUACACACGAUAUACAGAUACACCGAUAUGCGUAGAGAAACAUUACGUAGUAAUAUAUGUAAUAAAUGUAUAUGUUAUAACAGUGUGAGAAUUUUACGAUUCAAUAAUUGACGGCGUUUUCAUGCGCGAGCGACAUCAAACGUACUUAUCACUGUUCUAUGUUGAGAUAAAGAUGUUGGAUAGUGAAAAUUGUAUAAAAGCAGUAUAUCUAGUUGUAAAACGUAUCGAAAGACUUACGAAGAAAAUUAUGUUUUUGAACUUGUUAACAAUUUUCAUAUCGAGAAUUUUAUAUAUGAUCAUAUCGAGACGUUAAUAUAUGUUUAUUUAACCGAACGAAUCGUCAACACGAGCAUUAAGAAUAAUAGCGUUCCAUUUACGUAAAAGAAGAAUAAAUACACUGUGAACGUUUUUCUUAUAAGGUUGUGAAUAGAGUUAUAAUUAAAUUAUUUAAGUUCGAGAGAGAUCAAAGAUCCAUAGUUAAACAUUAUCGUAAGUGUUUCUCCAUCUCCGAGAGUAAUUCUAUGGCGAUUGUUGGCGUGAGAUAUAUAAUUGUCUGUAUAUCAAACGUGUAGACAAUGUAUGAAACAUCUUGAUACCGUAGGAAUUUAUAGAAAGUAGAAAAGUACUCCUUUAUUGUUUGUGCCUUUAUAUUUAAUAUAUAAUACUAUUAAUAACACUCUGAAACACGAUUCUUUAA